AGACCCUAUGGUAUAUGAUCCUUGUUGUGCUGUUUACCAUCUCUGGGGCUGGAGUUCCUGCUGAGCUGCACUCAACACUGCUCCAACCCUUGUGACAGGCCUUGCAGCCGCUCCAACCCCUGCAACAGGCUCUACAGUUGUUCCGCAGGCCAUGUUGUGUCUCCAACCCUUGUGAGAAGCCCUCCAGUUUCCCCAAACUCUGUGACAGGCCCUGUGACUGCUCCAAUCCUUUCAACAGUCCUUACCACUGAACCAGAAAACAAACCCUUGCUGGUAUCAGUUGUUCCUAUACAUAAGAUGAAACAAUGGCUGUGAAAAACACAUCAUUUUGUAUGGAAAGUAAUUCCCACUAAGAAGGAGAUGGAAGGAGAGGCUGAGGAAGGCUCCCAGUGAAGCUGGACAAUGACAAGAACACGAGAAGAAAAAGGUAGAACUCAUAAAGGAAGCAGUAACCAUCUGACCCUGAACCAUGGGUGAGCUAUAAGAUGUGCAAGAACACCUCAGCCAUCAUCUCAGUGAGCACACUAUCACCUGGCUGCUCCGGUGCUGGGACAGGGAAUCCAGACAGCUUGGAUCCCCCUCUAGGAAAGGUGCCAAAGACAAAGCAAUUGCAAAAGAGAGACAAGCCUUCAGCCUCUGGAGGUGACUCUUGUCAGCCAGGAAGGAAAGGUAUCCUUUCAAGAAAGAGCUGGCAUGUAGCCCAGGCAAGUUGACCAUCAUGCAGAAAAUGUGUUCAGUACAUGAAGGAAUUAACCAUGCUGGAGGUGAUAUAUAAUAUUGACAUGGAAUGGCAUGGGUAUGUGAGUUGCAAGGAAAAACAAUCACAAAAAGAGUUCUCUCAGGAAAACUGCCACUGCAGUUUCCAGUGACCAGUUCCCCAGGCAUGUUAGAUGGGCUGAUCUUACUUCUGAACAUAAUGAAGGGACUUGUGAUUUGCAUUUACAAGAAUGCAUAUGAGAUGGAUACUACAAUCAGGACUAGAGGUGCCCUGCCACCAGCCAGGUGGAGGAAACAGACAGCUGAGUUUGUUGGACUGUGUGGAUUCAAUGGCCUGGCACAACAGACCCAUGAUGUUUAAGGCUCUAGUCGACACUGGUGCACCCUAGUGCCAUCAAUUUAUAAAGGGACAGAACCCGUCUGUUUUUCUGGCAUGACAUGGAGAUCCCAACAGCUAAUUAUACCAAGGCCGAAGUGAGACCACCAGGGAAGGAGUGGCAGAAGCACCCCAUUGUGACUACUCUGGAGGCUUUGUGAAUCCUUGGCAUAGACUACCUUAGGAGGUAGGACCCCAAAGGGUGCACUUUCAAUGUAGCUGCUUUGGAGGUGGAGGACAUAAAGCAGCUGUCUACCUUGUUAGGUCUCUCAUAGGAUCCUUCUGUUGUGGGGCUGCUGAGAGUUGAAGAACAGCAGGAGCCAAUUGCUACCACUGUUGUGCACUGGUGGCAAUAUUGCACCAACUGAGACUCCCUGAUCCCCAUCCAUAAGGUGAUUCAUUGACUGGAGAGGCAAGGAGCGAACAGCAAGACUUGCUCACUCUUCAGUAGUCCCAUAUGGCCUGUAGGGAAGUCUGAUGGAGAACAGAGGUUAACAGUGGCCUAUCUGAAUGAAGUCACAAUACUGCUGAGUGCUGCCAUGCCAGACAUGCUAGAACUUCAAUACGAACUGGAGUCUAGGGUGCCAACUUGUCUCCCCCAGUGUGUGAAAUGACAGAGAAUUUCAGAGUGUAUAUAUACAUAUGUGUGUGUGUGUGUAUUCAUGAGAGAGAAAGGAUGGUGAGGAGAUGACUACAACUACGCCUUCAGCAGCAGAAAUCAACUCCUUACAUCGCUGCCAACAGCUGGGACUGGUGUCACCCACAUCUGACUGCUUCCUACUUUGGAUUUAACAGACUCUGAUAUCUUGCAUGGACAGAAAGUUAAUGAGGAUUUGAUUAGAUUAUGUGACAUUAAGUCCAGGUGUCAUUCCUUUCCUCUUCAGAAGAGGACCUUAGCUCUACAACUGAGAUGGCAGACAACCUCCACAGGUGCCCUGGAGAGAGAUGCCAGGGGUCCAGCAUCCAAAAAUCAUUCACGGACACUGAGUGGUCUCCAUCAAGAGUUGGUGAGGUCUUUUAAGUAUCCAUCAUUCAUUAGUUCAUAAAAUCAUAGAAUCACAGAAUUAUAGAAUGGCUUAGUUUGGAAGGGACCUUAAAGAUCAUCUAGUUCCAGCCCUCACACCAUGGGCAUGGUUUUCCAGUUCCUCAGGUACAGAAAGUAGCAUCUACACCUGGGACUCUAUAUCUUAGGACCUGAGGGAAUUACAUUAGGUUGCAUCAGAAGAAGUUUGGAUUGGAUAUUAGGAAAAAGUUCUUCCUUGAGAGGGUGGUUAGGCACUAGAACAGGCUCCCCAAGGAAGUAUUCAUGGCACAGAGACUGACAGAGUUCAAGAAGCAUUUGCACAACACCCUUAGACAUAUGGUUUAAUUUUUAGGUAGUCCUAUGUGGAGCCAGGAGUCCACAAUUCAUUUUCCUGCUCACAGCCACCAGGACAACUGGAGACAGCAUGACGUGUUCAAUCAGUUCUUGAAGGUAGUCAUUUCCCAAUGGCGUGUUUAUCCACUUCCUCAAAGAACCUGACCUCCACAAGUGUAAUGAGAAUGGAGUCACUGUGUUAAAAUUUGAAAAAAAGGCAGCUCGAAUUGUCUGUGAUGAUCAAGGUUGUGGAACCAUCCGCACAGCCCUCUGUAUUGUUUUGUCUGAAGAGCACACCAAACCUGACAGGCAGUUUGAAGGAAGCUGCCCAGGUUUGAUGGAGAAGUGAGAGUUCAGUGCUAUGCACGCUCCUAGAAAAGAGACAAUCAGGGUGUACUCUGGGAUCAGUGCAUCUGAAGUCAGGUGUGGUUUGGCCUCUUGAGCAUCUGUAGACCACAAAUGAAGUGGAUUGUCUCAAGCUGCUGCCAAGAAGGCAUGAGUAUGGAGCAGGCUUAUGCAAGGAAGUUGAAGACAAGUAUUCCAAUCUAGCAAAGACAGGGGAUGCCCAAGUCAAAAGGAGGUUUGUGAGUUUGGGCAGAUCUACCAAUUCUCUCUCUUAUUCUGCUGGCCAGAAUGUUGGGUUUGCAGCUUUUCAAUCCCUCACUCAGUUAACAGCCCAGGACUAAUCAGUAUAUGGACCUGAGCCUAGCCUCCAAAUCUGGCUAUGAGACAGGACUGCGGAAGAAAGAGUGCCACUGCCUCAGGCACACACCAAUCACCACUCUGCUUGCAGAGGCUCUUGGCAGUUAAUAUUUAUUGCAUCAGAUGUGAGGACACAGCAGAAAUGCUGGGCAGUAGGAGAAGAUUUGGCAGACGCUGCUUGGCCAGGAGCAGUCCUGCUGAAUGAUUUGCAGCAGCUUCCCUUGGGCAGCGAGUGCUGGGCGUGCCCUAUGCACACAAGCCUGUGUGCGUGGAGCAUCCUGCAGCAGAGGAAGACGUUCCCCGCCCUGGAGGUUCCCCCCGCAAAUCCUGUCCCCGCCCCCGCCCGCCUUCGCUCGUCUGUCCACCCGUCUCUGCCCCUCCUCCACUGUCUUCACUGCAGACGUCCCUGCAUUUACGUAGCCCUGCAUCUUCCUAUCUGCCUGAGCAUCUCUUGCUCUAUCUCUCCUUCCCUCUCCCUUCCAUCUCAUAUCUCAUCCAUCUGCCUCUUACUCUCUAUCCUUCUUUUUCUUCCGUCUCUCCCUCCCUACAUCUGAUUGUCUGUCUCGUCCCAGCUGAUGACCUAAGCCAUUAUUCUGGUCUCCAGAGAUGUGGCAUCAGAGCUUUGGACUUCUAGGAAAAAGCUACAUCAAUGCACCAGGAUCCUUUUUAUUGGGGAAGGAGUUCCACAUACCCCUGUGCCCACUGCCCCUCUGUACUGCUGUGGUGGAUGUUGCUAUCCAGGAUUACGUAGCUGACGUGGUCACUGAACUGAUCUACCAUAACGAGAGUCUGAGCUCCUCAGAAGUCACCUUCGUCUUCCCCCUGGGCCCCCGUAUGGCCAUCUAUUCCUUCCAGGCCUGCAGUGAGGAUGCCAAGGUCAAGGCUGUGCUGCAGGAUGAGAACCAGCGGCUGCACGAGGCUACAGGGGAGCAGGAGAAUUUUGAGUACCUUCAGUAUGAGACUGAGAAAUCAGGGGAGGUGUUUGCCUGCUUCCUGGGUUCCCUGUCCCCUGGCAAGGAAAUGGUUGUGACCUUACGCUAUGUCCAAGAGCUGUCACGGAAGCCAGAUGGAGCAGCCCAGUUUGUGCUGCCAUCCACACUGCAUCCUUACCAGACACACUACACCUGUAAUUGUCGCACUGGCAAGCUGCACUACAGCCUCCUGCUCACUGCCAGCCUGCAGUCACCCCGUGGUGUGGCCAGUGUCCAGGCCAGCUGUGCCCUCACUCCUUUGAUCUACACUGCCCAGGACCACAGUACUGCACAGGCAACCCUUCUCCAGGUCUCACUUGCUGGCACUCCCCCAAAUCAUCAUUUGGAGCUGCUGGUGUAUUACGGAGAACCCACUGCAGUCAGUGUUGUGGUGGAGAAAGGAGACCCUGCAGCCACUUCAGGUUCUCUGUUUGGUGAUUCCCUGCUGUUGGUGACACUGGCACCCAGCAUCCCUGAUGCAAAACCUGGGCAGCGCCAGUCUGGAGAGUUCAUCUUCCUUCUGGACAGCACUUUACUUGAGCAUGCACAGGGCAUCUGUAUCCCCCACCAGUAUUGCCCAAGACCAGCCUGCUGUGUCCUUCCACAGGAUCUCUUGCUCUUCCUUCUCAAAAGCCUACCCCUGGGCUGCUACUUCAACAUCUACUGCUAUGGAGCAACACCUGUGGGCAUCUACCCGCAGAGUGUUGAAUAUACCCAGGACAACGUGAAUGAGGCAAUGCAACUCAUUCCCACGACUGGCUCUAGGCUGGGUGACACGGACCUGCUGGGAACCCUCCGCACAAUCUACAGCACUCCCCGCCCCUGUGGACAUGCACGCCAGGGACCUGCUGUCCACAUUUUGUGGUCCUUGUGCAAGGGCUCACCACUGAUGUCUCCUGUCUCCCAGCUCUUCAUCUUCAUGUCUGGGCUACCACCUGACAAGGAAGCCAUUGCUGCUGAGGUCUGCCGUCAUCGCAACAGCCACCGGUGUUUCUCCUUCUGUUUCUCCACGGACAGUGCUACUCUGGCCACAGCUCUGGCCAGGGAGACAAACGGUGAAGCUGUCUAUGUCUCUUCUGACAAUGCAACAGUUCAGGUGCUGAAAUGCUUGAAGCAGGCCCUCAAGCCAGUAGCUGAGGGAAUCUCUCUGGACUGGACUUUGCCCUCUGGCCUGGAGGUUGAGGUGCUGGGAGGCACCCCUCAGUUCAUCUUUCAGGGUCAGCACAUCUUCCUCUAUGCCCAGACCCAUGGAAAGGAACAGGAUAUGAAGGAGGCCAAUGGUGUCAUGACAUUGCAGUUCAACCUGGAUGGCCAGGAUGUCAUUCACAAGAUCCAGUUCCCACUGUGCCCACAGGGAGAUGGCCGGCUGGCUGGUCAUCGUCUGGCUGCAAGAUAUUUGCUGGAGAAGUUGUUGCCAGAGGUUGUGAGAGGGUCAGGAGAUGAACCAAUGCAGCGUGCAAUUGAAAUCAGUCUCACAUCUGGGAUCAUCUGCCCCUUCACCAGCUGUGUGGGUGUUCGUACAUCACGGAGGGUCCCCUGGUACCAUGGGCCCCUGGCACUGCUGUCACCUCGCCAGUCAUUCGUUCCCUGCAAGAUCUUUGAGCUACAUGGCACCUCUUCUGGCAGUUCCUGCUUUGCUAAAACCAUAUGGACCCCACCUAGCUGGCUGACUACAGUCCAGGAGUCAUGGAUUGCCAUCAAGCAUCUCACCAAUGGCAUUGCUACCUUACUCCAGCAUGGGGCUCACAAAGAAGUACCUAAACAACCACGACCAUCCAUUUCUUCUCUCAAGUAUGUGGAUUCAACGAGAUUUGUUUUGUGCUCUCCAAUUUUGGGGCCCUGGAUGAGUAAAGCCAUUGCUGAGUGCAGAGAACUGGUGGCACUGCAGAAUGUAGAUGGCUCCUGGACCCUCAGCUCAGGUUUAGCUUCUGUGCUACAGGUCGAUGAGGCUGAAAUCAAGGGAAAGAUGCCUUGUGAGGUCACAGAGCCUAGUUUUUGGGCAACAGUGCUGGCUGUGACCUGGCUGCAGAGACACAACAGGUGUUACCAUGAGCUAUGUGACUUGCUGGGGGCCAAGGCUGUAACCUGGCUGUGCAGCCGAGCGGUGUCUCAGCUGGACAAAUGCCUGGAGGCAAGUAACACCCUCCUUGGGAGCAGUGUGAAUCCAAGUGUCUUUAGGCUAUGAGCUCAACAUCAGCAUACAGAACAUCAGCACCUGUGGAACAAAAUAGGGCCACAAAGCAUAGCUUAAAUUCACCUGCCAUGCUGCAACCCCACUGCUGCUGCCAACUAGGAUUUUACACAACAGAUUCUCCUCACUUGUGAGAUGUCUUCUACUAGCUGGGCUGCAUCUGCAUCAUGCUGAACACAACAGAAAACCUCUAGUUCACAGCCUCCAGCAUGUUUGUUUUAGCUGGAGGUGGGAGUGGAAGGGAAGCAUAACUUUUUUCAUGGAGUGGUGGACCUUUCCAAAUGCAGAUUUGGCAAAAUGGGCUACUGGCCUACUCACAGAUGGCUUCUCUCCUGACACGGAAGUGCCAUGUACCCUAGAAAACAGGAAUGUUUAGAGGUGUUAACAGAAGGCAUAGUAACCGUAGCUCCCACUAAGAAUGUGCUGCAUCACACUUCCUGCCUUCCAUGCUGGCAAAGUCUCUGGUUCAUUUUCCAAUAAACUGUAAAUUUUCUGCAAGUUACAAGAUGUGACAAAGCCUUGAUCUUAGCUGUAGCAGCACUUUGCCCUGCAGAUAGAUGGUUGAUGGCUGACUUACCCUAGCUAUAGCAGGAAAGUUACUGGGUCAUUAAUGAUUUACCUUUAUAACUUUAAGGUUUUCACUCCAUUGCAUUAUGUGACUCCCAAAAUAAAUGCUGUUCUCCCUUUAA